CCUGUACAACCUCCCCACCCCUCCAUCUCAAUCCAAAAACUCCAAAAUGUCCGUAUUCGGCGGCUACAAAAAGACAAUCUCAGAAGGCGACCUCGUCCUUGCCUGGAUCACCCGCGACAACAUCCAACCCAUCAUCGUAACCCCCGGUAAAAUCUUCAACAACCGUUUCGGUUCCUACCACCACGAAGACAUGCUCAACCUCCGCUACGGGUCCCAAAUGCUGUCUAAGACCGGACACGGGUUCAUCCAUCUCUUGCACCCGACACCCGAGUUGUGGACGUUGAGUUUACCCCACCGGACGCAGAUUCUGUAUACGCCUGAUAUCGCGUUCGUGACGAGUAUGCUCGCGUUGAAGCCUGGGAGUAAGAUGAUUGAGUCUGGGACUGGGAGUGGGUCGUUUACGCAUGCGCUCGUACGGACGGUUGGAGGGACAGGAAAAGUCUGGACGUACGAAUACCACGAACGACGAUUCGAAGCCGCAAAAGAGGAAUUCAUCGAGCAUGGGAUGUUGGGCGAUGGGUUACCACUCACGAUCACCCACCGCGACGUCUGUAAAGAAGGAUUCGAUAUCGAGGGCGAGACAUUGGACGCACAUGCCGCAUUCCUCGACCUUCCGGCACCAUGGGAAGCGAUUCCUCAUUUGAGCCGCGUGAUUUCGAAGAAGCGUCAAAUCCGUCUUUGCUGUUUUUCCCCCUGUAUCGAACAAGUCCAACGAACCCUGGCCGCUCUCCGCGCAAACGGUUGGUCAGACCUUCAAAUGUUCGAAAUCGUCCACCGAAACUGGGAAGCACGACAAACCCUCAUCACCCCCCUCUCGUCCGCAAUCGAUCGUUUGAGGGAGGUACGGGAUAAGCGGAGACUCCCGCCUGGUGAGGCGAGGAAGGAUCUGCCGAAGAAGAGGGUGAAGGAGGGGGAGGAGGGGUAUGAUUGGCGGGCGGUGAGUGUUGGCGAGAAGGAGGUUAAAGGGCAUACGAGUUAUUUGACUUUUGCGGUUAUGGCGCCAGGGGAGCAUGAGGAGGUUGGUGGGGAGGGUGAGGACGUCGAGGAGCAUGCGGGGGAUAUUGCAGCGGCUGCUGCGAAGGCUGCGGAUGAGGCUGUGUGAGUUUAGUAGACUU